AUGCUGGAUGAAGCCCGGCCUCAAGAACAAGCUGGAUUCCGUCAGGGGUUCAGCUGCUUCGACCACAUCCAGACAGUGUCGAGAGUCGUAGAGAUUUGCCGGGAAUUCCGCCUGCGCCUUGUUCUAACCUUCGUCGACUACGUGAAAGCCUUUGACAACGUAGAAACGAAUGCAAUACUGUCAGCGCUGGUCGACGAAGGUGUGGACGCAUCGUAUGUGAGGACAUUAGCCAGCUGCUACCAUCGAUGCACCAGUAAGAUACAGCUUUUCCAUUUCCCCUUCAUCAUUGGAAAAGGGGUACGACAAGGCGAUACGCGAUACUAUAUCGCCGAAGAUACAGUGGAUAAUGAAAUCACUUUCUUGGGAAGAAAGGGGCAUACUUGUUGA